AAGCUACGAACUACAACCUCUUUGCUCCAACGGAGCGCCCAAUGACUCCUCUUCUCUCACUACGUUACGUACAUAUAAUACAAACCCAAAAAUGAGACCUCAACAACACUCCCUUGCUAAGAAACACUCUCACUAAUCCCCUCCUGCGCUAGGAAUAAGUAAACUGAUGGACGAAAAAGUCAUCAACAAUCACAAAAACAACGACGAGGGCGACGAUGAUGAUGACGAGAACAAUAAGAAAGUAGUGCUCAUCACCGGUUGCGCGAGAGGCGGGAUCGGGUACGAGUACUGCAGGGCGUUCGCGGAGCUGGGAUGCCACGUCGUCGCCACCGAUCUUCCAGAGCGCCUCCCCGGCCUCUCCGACCUGCCCGGGGAGGCGCUGCCCCUCGACGUCACCAGCGACGAGAGCGUCGCCGCCGCCACGCGGCGCGUGCUCGCGGCGCACGGGCGCGUCGACGUGCUGCUCAACAACGCCGGGGUGGGGUGCACGGGCCCGCUCGCCGAGCUGAGCCUCGCCGCGGUGCGCCGCGCCUGGGAGGUGAACGCGCUCGGCCAGCUGCGGCUCGUGCGCGCCGUGGCGCCCCACAUGGCGGCGCGCCGGAGCGGGCGCGUGGUCAACGUGGGGAGCGUGGUGGGCCGCGUCGCCACGCCGUGGGCCGGCGCCUACUGCGCCGCGAAGGCCGCGGCCCACGCCGCCACCGACGCGCUGCGCCUCGAGCUCCGCCCCUUCGGAGUCCACGUCAUCAAGGUGGUGCCCGGGGCCGUGCGCUCCAACCUGGGCCACGCCAACACGGCCCAUCUCGAAAAGGCCCGGUGGGAUCUCUACAGGGGCUUCGAGGGCGCCAUCAAGGAGCGGGCCCGAGCGUCGCAGGUGGGCCGGGCCACCGAUGCGCGAAUCUUCGCGCGGCACGUGGCCCGCCUGGUGAUGCGGGCCAGGCCCCCCAGGGAGAUCGUGUACGGGCACAUGACGGGCCUGUUCGCGGCCCUGGCUUGGUCGCCCGUUUGGGUCCGAGACCGGUUCUUCGCCAAGCGGUUCGGGUUGGACAAGACCGUGUGAGUCAACGCAAAAUCUUCUCUACUACAAUUAUUCCGUACAAUAUUUAUCUCAAACCAAUCCUUCUGUGCCAAGUAAGAUAAGAAAAAGAGUUUAAUAAUAAUAAUAAUAAUAAUAUACGGUAAUUGAACAUUAAAAUGACGCCUUACUAUUACUAGUUUUUUUUGUACUUUUAUAUAAUACGAAGACAUUUGAGUGGAUGGUUUAAAUUCUGUGGGAAGUAAUUUUGUGACGGAGAAAAUCUCUCGUGAGUCUACUCAAGGUGGUAGGUA